AAUUGGGACAAACGACUUUAGCCACUUAAAAACCAUGGAAUAUUCAACUAAUAUUCAUCAUGAACCAACUGCCACCACCUCCGUGAAAUCUGAAGCUCCGCCGCCACGUCUCAGGGGCGAUGUGGCUCUUAGAGUCUCACUCUUUGCUGCUACACUAGUUGCAGCCGUUGUCAUGGUGACCAACAAACAAACCCAGCUUGUGCCUGUUCCAGGAGCUCCGGCGGGAGUCACGAUCCUGCAUACAGCCAAGUUCCGUCACUCGCCACCCUUCGUAUAUUUUGCAGCAGCAUUAUCAGUCGCUUGCUUUUACAGUAUUUUAACAACGCUUGCAUCAUUCUGGCUUAUUUUGAAGCCUGCUUUUUCCGACAAGUUCUUCCUCCAUUUUGUAUUUUUGGACGUGUUGAUGUUGGGAGUGGUGGCUUCGGCGACCGGAGCAGCCAGCGCGGAAGCAUAUAAUGGAUUGAGGGGCAACCACCAUGUUGGGUGGUCGAAAGUUUGCCCAGUUUAUGACAGGUUCUGUGUUCAUGUAGCAACCUCCGCUAUUAUGUCACUUCUCGCCUCCUUUAUUCUUGUUUCCCUCAUUAUGCUACCCGUUUUUUCUCUACAAAAACGGGUUCGUCAUUAA